CCGCGUGGGCCGUCGAGGCGCGAGCCACUUGGGCGAUGCAGAAGAAGAAUCUUCCAGGCCUCUGACAUGGCGCUCGCCCGUCUUGCGCUCUGCCUUGCCGGGCUCCUGACUGGACAGCCGUGGUCACUGGCGGCGACGCAGAGAGCUCCAAGCCUGGAUUCAGUCAGAGGACACAGCAGGUGCGGCCUGAAUGCAGACACCAAGGUGGUCGAUGGCUCCACGCUGCCCACCAACAAGUACCCGUGGGUGGUGCGCAUCUCCACCUACUACACGCCCAUCGAGGGGUUCGACCAGAAUGGCACCGACUCGUGCUCCAUCCUCAAGACUGAGAUGAGCAAGAUGAGCAGCGCCCGGCUGGUCAGCAAGAACAUGCAGACCAUCGUGUCCCUGUGUGGCGGAACGAUGAUCACCCGGAGGCACGUGCUCACCGCUGGACACUGCCUGCUGCCCGAGGAGUUCAAUCCUCGCUACGUGGUCCGGUACGGCUCGUCCCGCACCUCGCGCCAGGCGACGGCGUUCGUGAGCAAGGUGUUCAAGCACCCGAACUGCCACCUCGUGAACCAGGACCGCGCCGUCGACGACGUUGCCAUACUCGUACUGCGGACUGCACUGCCUGUGUCCCCGGUGUGCCUGCCCCGACCCGGUGCACCACUGCCCUCGCACGUCACCGUCGCCGGCUGGGGCAACACGAUACCGAGCAUCGACUCACUGCAGCUGCCUGAGCUGCUCAAGGAGGCGCAGAUGGAGGUGGUCUCCAAGGACCGGUGCCAGGAGGAACACUCGUACGCAAACCUGACGCACCAGAUAUGCGCCCAGCCGGCGUCCGGCUUUCCGGGAGUGGGGGACUCGGGUGGCCCGCUGAUGACCAAGGGCUCGUCCGGCGAGUGGACCCUGGUGGGCGUCGUCUCGUGGGGCAACGAGACCCGGUUCCGGUCCUCGCCCUUCGUCUUCUCGGACGUCUCGGCGCUCCUCACGUGGAUACACGACAUCGUCGCCAUGCCAGUCUGGUAGCCGCAGCGGGAGGAGCUGGACACAUCGCGUGCACGGCUGGACAGCUGGCCUUAAUAAAGGGAGUCGCCGGCGUUGUUUCAGUUUA